UGUUGGGCAUUCUGUUCGCCCUGGAACAAGGAUGCUCUCCUUUUGCGACGGUACGCAUCGCUUUGACUCCUACGCAAACAUCCCAGGACCCGGCCAGGCUCUCGGAGUAGAAGAAUUACGUGUGGGCGUCCUCGAAUGGCCUGAAGCACUAUUGCAAAAUGCCGCUUCCGCCCAGCCCAUUCGUGAAAUGAGCCUAGACGGUCUGUUCGCUCGUCCAGAACCUCAUUUGCGUGUAAUAUUCGCUCCCCUGGACGAACCGACACACGAGACUGUAGCAGGUCUUGAGCAACUCUUUCGGCACUACUCAGUUCCUCCCGGCUUUGUAUCCGAAAGAAUUCAAUCCGUUACACACUCUUUCGGCACCAAUAAAGAUAGUAAUAACUGGCAUUACUCUUGGUUUCACUUCCUAUGCAAGAACAUUACUGUUCAGCAUUUUGAGGGCCACAGUCCGCAAAUAAUUAACCCUGUUAUUGCUCCGGGCGCUUCAAUUCACCAUAACCAAAUGGAUUGGUCUUGGAUCAGGGCAGGAUUUUUCUUAAAAUGGUUUCCGUUGAGUAGUUCCUAUCCUAGUAACCACACUUGCAUGACUUUGAUCUGCUUUGGAGCAUCCAUCUCGCUCCAGCAACGAUUCGAGCGCCUUGCCUCAAAUUCUACAUGGAGAGAUGCAGUCCAUGACCCAUAUAACCUUUUCGUCAUCAUCUUAGAUGAGUUGUUCAUUCAAGCCGAUGGUUUGGUUUGGAGUCUAUCUGAUGUAUUUCGUGCAAUCGAAGAAAAAACGCUCGAUCGGGCACAUUCCCGAGAUUACAGCGACCAACUGGAUUUUGUCGGUCUGCAUAAUGUGGCCAAGCACAUUAUCUACUUAAAGGAAGGCUCAGAUGCUAUUCUCCUGACCGUUGAGAAUAUGCUCGCCCAUCACAAAUAUCUCUUGGAGAUGGCUGGUCCCAGCAGCACAGAGGCCAUGGAAGCAACACAAUUCAGGCUAAAAUACAAGCAAGGACUUUUUCACUCGGUGAACCUGCGUCUGAGGAGCUUGGAGAAAAGGAUGCAGAAUAUUAUUAAUCUAUCCUUUAAUCUCGUGACGCAGCAAGAUAGCAGAGUCAUGCAAAGAGACAGUGACUCGAUGAAGACUAUCGCAGCAAUGACUCUAUUCUUCUUGCCGAUCUCUACCACGGCUACCAUUUUUGGCAGCCAAUUUUUCAGCUUUGAUAGUACGGGAGGACAUAUCCGAGUUUCUACAACAUUUUGGUUAUUUUGGGUCAUUUCAAUCCCAUUAACUGCUACCGUUGCCAUCCUGUGGUACUUGUACAAUGGGAGGUCUGUAAGAAGGUCGAAUCCUGGGCACUAAUUAUCUUAUCUCUAAGGCAUUGAGAGGACGGUGACAUCAUCCUGAAGUGUUAGCAGGGCAAUCCCUGAAAUCUCUAUCCCACCUCCUAGUGCUGAAAAAAAUGCUAUCUAAAU